AUGCUAUAUGGUGAUCCUGAAGUAAUAGUGCACAACCUGAUAGCGAAGAUUAGUGCAGCUCCUGCUCCGAAGCGUGUCGUGACAGUCAACAAGGAUCCGAAUCUUAGAGAAGAACACCACUUGAACCCUCCAGCAACUGGUAGGAAACCCAACGACCGUGAAUGUAAUGCUCAUCAUAAAUCCGUUUCUAGAACGUUAUUCCGCGUUGUGCCAGUCAUGUUGUACGGUCGUGAUAAAGUACUUAAAACCCAUGCCUUUCUAGACGAUGGAUCAGCAUUUACUCUAAUGGAUGAGAAAUUGGCUACAGAGCUCAACUUGAGGAAAGGUCGGGAAGGAAAAAUGUUCGAGCCGGUCGCUACAAAAACCCGCCUUGGUUGGAUUAUCCAUGGUGGCUCGGAUGGUGGUGAAUUUAGCGGACACCACAACUGGAACGCGCACACUUGUUGCAAAAAUAACGACGACGAACUGCAGCGAGCUAUGCUGGAAUAUUUCUCGUUCGAAAAUAUAGGAAUCUCUAAGCCAAGUCAUCUCGUCUUGUCAACCGAGGAUCAACGAGCAUAUGCAAUUUUGCAAACAAUGACGCGAUCUUCAAGCGGUCGUUUUGUAACUCGUCUUUUGUGGAAGUUUGAUGAAUUCCGGCUUCCAAACAGCAAGCCAUUAGCUCUCCAACGUUUUCGGUGUUUGGAAGCUAGAAUGAAACGAGAACCUGAGCUAGCAGUGAUUUUACAGGCAAAAAUCAAGGACUAUGUCAAGAAUGGUUAUAUUCGUAAACUUAGUUCGGCCGAAAUAAAACAACCGAAAUCUCGAGUGUGGUAUCUCCCAAUAUUCCCUGUUUGUAACCCAAAUAAACCCGGGAAGAUAAGGAUUGUGUGGGAUGCAGCUGCUAAAACUCAAGGUGUAUCCCUUAACGCUAUGCUCCUUAAAGGGCCAGACCAGUUAACAUCCCUAAACUCUGUGCUACAAACAUUCCGUGAAAGAAAGGUGGCCAUUUGCGGAGACAUCCGUGAAAUGUUUCACCAAACACUCAUCGCUGCUGAAGAUCAGGACUGUCAACGCUUUCUUUGGAAAGAGAGAACAACCGAUACGGAGCCCAUAUGCAAAAAUUUGAACGCAAAGGAGCACGAAGGACAGUUUGCUGCGGCAGCUGAAGCGAUUACGAAGAAGCAUUAUGUGGACGAUAUGCUUGCCAGCGUUGAAACGGAAGAUGAAGCGAUCAAACUAGCAUUAGAUGUGAGGUACGUGCACGCUCAAGCUGGCUACGAGAUGCGAAAUUGGCUUUCUAACUCUCCAAUUGUUCUCAAAGCAUUGGGCGUAGAUAGCACAGGCGAGAUGAGUCUCAAUAUUACCUCCGAAGUAGCAACCGAAAAAAUCCUGGGCAUGUGGUGGUGUACAACAACCGAUACGUUUACUUAUAAGCUUUCUCCGAAACACGAUCGUAUGUUACUAGCUGGAAUGCGGAAACCAACAAAACGGGAGAUGUUACGCACGUUAAUGGCAAUUUUCGAUCCAUUAGGACUGAUUUCCAACCUUCUCAUUCUGUUGAAAAUUCUUCUGCAGGAGAUCUGGCGUUCAGGAAUAAGUUGGGAUGAAGAAAUUCCAGAUACACUCAACGAUAAGUGGGAGCACUGGUUACUGAUUCUUCCCCAGGUACAGUCUAUUAGAAUCCCACGAUGUUAUCGCACUACAACAAGCUUGGGAGACAGCACAAAAGUUCAAUUACACACGUUUGUGGAUGCCAGCGAGUAUGGUUACGCUGCUGCCGUCUACCUUCGUUUCGAAGAGAAUGGCUAUGUGGAAUGUUCAAUCGUCUCAGCAAAAGCAAAAGUAGCACCGCUGAGGUUCAUCUCUAUUCCCAGGUUAGAAUUGCAGGCUGCAGUUAUAGGUGCCAGACUGGCGGAAGCAAUAGUACACUCUCUUUCGCUCAACAUAGAAGAACGAAUCUACUGGACGGACUCCCGAGAUGUUCUGUGUUGGAUUCGAUCGGAUCACAGACGUUACUCACAAUUCGUUGCAUUUCGGGUUAGCGAACUAUUGGAAACAACUACGGUUUCGAGCUGGCGGUGGGUAGGAACGAAGGACAAUGUUGCUGACGAUGCGACCAAAUGGAACCGAAAGCCUGAUCUCGAAAGCAACAGCAGAUGGAUUAGAGGACCAGAUUUUCUUUGGAAAGACCCUGAAAGUUGGCCGAAAGAAUCGUUUCACAACAAUAGCACGAAAGAGGAAUUGAGAGCCCAUCUUAACUAUCACGCAGCUACAAUAACUCAAGUAAUUGAUUUGAAUUAUUACGGAACGUGGAGAAAACUUCUUCGCGUCACAGCGAUGGUAUUUCGUUACAUAAGCAAUCUUCGGGAAACUGUCGCACAGCAGACACGAAACAACAAACCGCUAUCCAUGGCAGAACUACAAAGAGCAUCAAUUCAUCUCUACAAACAGGUGCAAAUCGAGGCAUAUUCUGAGGAGAUCGCGAUUCUUGCAAGCGGUAAACGAGAAAUAGCGAAAGCUAGUCCUAUAUUCAACUUCACACCAUUCUUGGACGAGCUAGGAGUAUUACGAAUGCAAGGGAGAAUUGGCAACUGUGAAUAUGCUUCAAUGGAUACAAAAAAUCCUAUCGUUCUGCCGAAGGAUCACCACGUUACAAGACUCAUUGUACUAGACUACCACGUCAAGUAUCAUCAUUGCAAUAAUGAAACGGUGGUCAACGAGAUACGUCAACUCUAUCACAUUCCAAAAAUAAGAGUUCUGUGCAAAAGUGUAAGAGCAAGCUGUCAACAGUGUAAAAACCAACGAGCAGUACCAAACCCUCCGUUGAUGGGCAAUCUUCCAGCAGCGAGACUUGCGGCUUUCGCUAGACCAUUUUCGUAUGUCGGGGUCGACUAUUUUGGCCCGAUUUCUGUGGCAGUUGGACGAAGACUCGAGAAGCGAUGGGGGGUACUGAUAACAUGUCUAACAAUACGAGCUAUUCAUGUGGAAAUUGCGCAUUCUCUAAAUGCCGACUCGUGUAUCAUGGCUCUGAGGAACUUUAUGGCUAGGCGAGGUGUACCAAUACGUAUUUUCAGCGAUAGAGGCACGAAUUUCGUAGCAGGUAGUAAAGAACUCGAAGCAGCGUUGAAAAACAUGGACCAAGACCAGGUGAUACGGGAGAUUGUAAGCCCUAACACUGAUUGGGAAUUUAUUCCCCCUGCCUCUCCACACAUGGGAGGAAGUUGGGAGCGAUUAGUGCGGUCCGUCAAAGUCAACCUGCAGAAGAUGAAACCUCAACGUAACCCGACAGAUGAAUCAUUGCGCAACAUACUAAUCGAAAUUGAACAUACUGUCAAUUCGCGUCCUCUGACGUUUGUUCCUGCCGAGGACUUCGAUGCUCCUGUUCUCACUCCAAAUCAUUUUCUCAUGGGAUCGUCAAACGGACUGAAACCUGCAACACCUCUCGACGAUAGCUGCGGUCAAACCGAUAGGUGUGAACGACGUAGUCGUAAUAGUGAACGCCGGCCUACCCAGAAACUGUUGGCCUAUGGGGCGUGUUAUUUCGGUGAAAGACAGCAAAGAUGGCCAGGUAAGAUCGGCAACCGUGCAGACCCGAACGGGAAUCUAUGA